AAUCACUGGCUCUGGUGGCAGUUAGCUCAACAAGCGCAACUCAGCACGUGCCGUGACGACACGACAGGAAGUGGGCUGCGAUUGGCUGAUGUUCCCUGGCACCAUCUUGUUGAUGUAGAAGAGGUCGAAGUCUACAUCGAGGAUUGUCAAUAGAAGACUAAGCACGACCUUAAUUAAUUUAUUAUACACGAAAUAAGUACGCAGAGAUCUCAAAUAUUGUCUCAGAAGGAAAUGCAACACUGACAAGUGAUGUCUGUCAGCCCCACCACUGAAGUGGGAUUCCCACGUCCCACACAACAAGAACGGACAACUGUCACGAAGAGAAAUAACACACAAACAGCUUCAAUCCCAAGCACAGACAGUAAUACUUCUCAUACACAAUCAAUGUCAAAACCCAGCACUUCAAACAGUAGGUCAUCUACUAACACUGCCCUGGUGGAAGACUCACCUCAGCUGAUAAGUUUGGCAGACACGGAAGACUUGGAUGACCCGGACAAUGGUCUCAGUGGGGAUGAAGUCAGAAAGAAGACGGAGGAAGGAAAGCUGCUUCAGGAUGCUAACUAUGAGCAUAACUCAGAGAAUGAUGAUGAAGAAGAGGCUGGAGAGGAGGACGCCCUGAACCCAGCGGUGGACAUCAUCCACGCCAUAGGGAGACGUAUGGAACAGGCGGAGGAGUUUGUCAAGAAAGGAUGGUGGGAGAUCGUGCACCACAACCACCUGCCGAACUGGCUCAAAGACAAUGAGUUUCUGUUACACGGCCACAGGCCGCAGCUGAACAGCUUUUCAGACUGUUUUAAAUCUGUAUUCAGAAUUCACACAGAGACAGGGAAUAUCUGGACACAUCUGCUAGGUUUUAUAGCCUUCAUAGGCAUUGCGGGGUACUUCCUAUCCCGUCCCACCAUAGAAGUCCAGUGGCAGGAGAAAGCAGUGUUCUCCGCCUUCUUUCUAGGUGCCAUACUGUGUCUAGGGUUCUCCUGGGUGUUCCACACCGUCUACUGCCACUCAGAGCGUGUGGGGAGACUCUUCAAUAAAUUGGACUACUGUGGUAUAGCGCUGCUGACUAUGGGAUCCUUCGUGCCCUGGCUGUACUACAGUUUCUACUGUGAACUAGGGCCAAAGAUCGCCUACCUUGUACUCAUAUUUACUCUAGGAGGCUUCUGUAUACUGGUCUCACUAUGGGACAAGUUUGCUGAGCCGAGGUUCAGGGCAGUAAGGGCUGGUGUCUUUGUAGCUCUAGGCCUAAGCGGUGUGAUCCCCGCGUGUCACUACGUGAUCCAGAAUGGUUUCUGGGAUGCUGUGAAUAACGUGGCCAUGGGCUGGCUGGUCCUCAUGGCUUUCCUCUAUAUCUUUGGUGCUUUUAUAUACGCCAUCCGGUUCCCUGAAAGGAUCUUUCCUGGAAAGUGUGAUAUAUGGUUCCAAAGCCACCAGAUAUUCCAUAUGUUUGUACUGGCAGGGGCAUUUGUCCACUAUCAUGGAAUAUCAGAGAUAGCCAACUAUAGACUCACCUUGGGAGACUGUGUAGAGGCAGUGGUGGCUUAACAUAUGUAUAUAUAUACACACACAAGAUACACGAGAGACAGGCAGACAUACGGGCCAGUAUGCAUGUUUAUGGAAACUGUAAACAGACUUGCAUGCAAAGCACAGUACAAAUUGAUAUGGCCAGCAGUGACUUUAGUAGCAGUGGUGACCAAAAUUGUACACAAAAAUCACACACACAGAAGUGCUUCGAAGUUUUCACAAUCCUCGUUAGACAACUAAGAAAGGGGAAGAUGCAAAAAUCUCUCACUAGCACACACAUACAUGCUUGUUUGUUUUUGUGUUUGUACGAGUGGAAUUGCAUCGGAGUAGAAAUCUUGGUGAUAUUACUAAGUGGCAGAUU